AUGCGUCUCGGAAAAAAGGAAACGAUUGUAAAAGAGAUCACACAUUUUAAAAUAGCCAACCCAAAGGUUGAUCAGUUGCACAUUCUUGUGCAUGGCCCAAUUGGAACGGGAAAGUCCAGUUUCAUCAGCUCCAUUGCAAGUAUUUUUAAGGGUCACAUGGUUCAAGCAGCCAUGGUUGAUGCCGCUGGAGCUGGCCACAGCUUCACUAAGGAGUUCAAAAUAACAAAACUGAGAAAUAAAGACGGGAAGUUCCUGCCUUUUGUCAUCAGUGACAUCAUGGGGCUGGAGGAUUCAGAGGCGCAUGGGGCUCAUACUGAAGACCUUGUGACGGCUCUAGAGGGUCACCUCGAGGAUGGCUACCUUUUCAACCCUGUAGGCUCUCUGAAAGAAGGAAACCAGUUCUACAAAAAAACACCAACCAUGAGUGACAAAGUCCACUGCCUGGUCAGUGUCCUACCUGGAGACAAAAUUGGCAUGAUGCAAACUGAAGAGGUCGAAUCUGUCAUCAAAAAACUCCGGCAAAUCAGAGAGAGAGCCAGUAAGCUGCGAAUCCCUCAAGUUGUUGUCAUGACAAUGGUGGAUAAUGUCUGUCCUGAAGUCCAGAGAGACCUGAAGAUGAUCUACAGGAGCAAGAAGAUCAAAGAAAAGAUGCAGGAGUGCACCAACAGGCUGGGUGUCCCUAUGACCUCUGUUUUCCCAGUGAAGAACUACCAUGAGGAGAUUGCGUUGCAUAACGACGUGGACAUUCUGCUUCUCUCUGCCCUCAAAAACAUCCUCCUCAUUGCCAACGACCAUGUGCAAGAAAAAGUGGCGCAAGAAAAAGUGGCGCAAGAAAAAGUGGUUGACUGA